AUGACCGAACCAAUUGUACCACAGGCAUUAACAAAUGAGGAAUUGGAGAAACAAAUUUUACCAGAAACAUACCAAUGGGCUCUGUCAAAUGGUUUAUUAAUGUACCCACCUGAUUUUCAAUUGACCCAGGCUCAAAUUGCUCCAUUCACCCUUUACCCAACACCAAUUGCCAGAAAAAACUUCGAAGAAGCCAUUGAAGUCCAGCAGAGCUUUAAUGAAUUAUACGCUGAAAUUUCAAGAGAUCAGGGAGAGCAUUGGCUAUCUCAAGAAACAGAGAAGCUAGCUCAUUCGGAUGAGGGCUUUACUGGCAAAUUAUGGGAUUUGUAUAAGUCAGUGAGGAAUGAAGGUAUUGCACAAAAACUCAGAUUAGGAAUUUUCAGAUCAGAUUACCUCAUUGACAAAAAUAUUGAUCAAAUCAAGCAAGUUGAAUUUAACACAGUGUCUGUAUCAUUUGUUGGAUUUUCCACUAGAGUAGGAGAAGUUCAUAAAUAUCUGAAUGACUCAGGUGCUUACGGUAAAUCAUCCUAUGCUGACAAAGAUAUUCCAGUUCCAACCUCUGUUCAGGAAAUGACUAAAUCUUUUGCUGAUGCUUUCCAGAAGUACGAUGCAUUGAAUGAUGAAAAGAAGAUCAUACUAAUGGUGGUUCAAAGAGGAGAAAGAAAUGUUUUUGAUCAAAGAAUAAUUGAAUAUUCCCUUCAAAAGGACUAUGGUAUCCGUGUCAUUAGAAUGACAUUUGAUGAUAUUAUAUCUAGAUUAACCUCAGAUAAUGCUGACAAAAACCGACUAUUUUUCAAAGAGACUGGUGAUGAAAUUGCUAUUGUCUACUACAGGACCGGCUACACAACAACUGACUAUCAGAAUGAGCAAGAUUGGGAAGCAAGAAAAUUCUUAGAAAAAAGCUACGCUAUUAAAGCUCCAGAUUUACUAACUCAAUUAUCAGGUGCUAAAAAGAUACAACAAUUAUUGACCGAUGAUAAUAUUCUAUCUCAAUUUGUGAAGUCUGAAAACUCUAGAAGAGCUCUACAAAAGACUUUCGUAAAGAUAUAUCCCUUAGAUGAUUCAGAGUUGGGGAAUAUUGGUAAGAAACUAGCUUUUGAUGAACCUCAUCGUUUUGUGCUGAAACCCCAACGUGAAGGUGGUGGUAAUAACGUCUACAAGGAAGACAUUCCAUCAUUCUUGAGUACAAUUGGUGAAUCUAAGUGGGAUGCAUACAUAUUGAUGGAGAUUAUUGACCCAUUACCAUAUGAAAAUAACGUCAUUAUUCGAGGAAAUGAAAUUUUCAAAGAAUCAAUAAUUAGUGAGCUUGGUAUAUAUGGUUCCAUUCUCUUCGAUGAUGAGAAAAUACACUUCAACAGAAACAGCGGAUGGCUUUUGAGAUCCAAGUUCACUACUUCUAAUGAAGGUGGGGUUGCAGCCGGUUUUGGCUGUUUAGAUAGUGUCGUGAUGUAUUAA